AUGUCGCCUUUGAUCUGCCUGGCCGUACUCCAGCUGAUUUUCCAGCUGAUCCUGGCCAAGGAUUAUUCCUGGUGUGAUCCAGAUUUAUGCGGCAAUGGCGUCAGACAUAUCGCGUGCCGAACAACUGGAAAUUUCCACAGACGCUGCCAGCCAGAUGCAGUCCAAGUGGAUGUAAGCCGGCACAAGGCGGAUUUCCUGCAUGCCCACAAUAAGAGGAGGAACUUCCUGGCUCUCGGAAAAGUACCAGGAUAUUAUCCCGCCGCCAGAAUGGCCACAAUGGUGUGGGACGACGAGCUGCAGUACCUGUCCAUGCUGAAUACCCGCACCUGUAAGCUGGACCACGAUGAUUGCCACAACACCUACCGGUACGCCAACUCGGGUCAGAAUCUGUGUGCCGUGUGGCGUCCACGAAGUCCACAUGUGAAUGUGACCAGCUUGGUGGAGGAGUGUCUGGGUCUCUGGUUCAACGAAUUCGAUUUGAUUGACAGCAGCUUCAUCGAUUCCUUCAAAGUCACACCCAUAUUUGAGGACUAUGGUCACUUUGCCGAGAUAAGUGUGGACAAGAACUUCGCCGUGGGCUGCUCCAUCAUGAGAUUCACUCGACCCGACUAUCCAUCCGUGUACAUCUACAACUUCAUCUGCAACUAUGCUUCACUCUACGCCCUGGGUGCUCCAGUUUAUGAGACUGGGCGAGCUGCCUCCCGUUGCACCACGGGCAAGAGCCACUUCUAUCCGGGAUUAUGUUCCACCCGCGAGGUGUACGAUCCCAAUUGGUAAUAGUUCGCCACUCCAGGGGGAUUCCCUCCACUCAGGUACAACUGCCAAGAGUAUUUAGUAGCCCGUAGCUUUAGAUCGAAUACAAGCCAAUAAAUG